GGACGUUGUCCGUGACGAAGUCUCGCACGAAGAUCGCGGCGCGUCGUUUUCAUCCUGGCGACGAUUUCGAGCUUAUCGUUCACUGCAUCUCAAGGCUAUCGCUAAAUCCAGUGCGAGGUCGACCUACGUCAAUUUGAAAAGUCUUCGUCGGUUAUCCCAGUUUGGAUCCCGAAACUUCGUUUAAUUCGGUAGAGUUUCGCAUAUCGACAAUCGAACGUGGCGGCGUGGUUAAAAGGUCAACCGAUGGAUCUCGAUUGCGAUUCCGUUGAAACAAUCGGCCUCAAGUCGGGCCAGGAGCAUGAUAUGAACCGGGAACAGGUCACCGCCUCUGGAGUCAACCAUAACAAUUAUAAAAGCCGAAACGGCAAGGGUGCGGAGAGUCGGCGAAUGGUUGACAUUACGAGAGACAAACCGAUAAAAGUAGCCGUUAGAGUCGUCGUUCCUGUUAGAGACCAUCCUAAGUUCAAUUUCGUCGGAAAAUUAUUGGGACCGAAAGGAAAUUCUUUGAAGAGGCUUCAGGAGGACACGAUGUGCAAAAUGGCAGUUUUGGGAAGAGGAUCUAUGAGGGACAGGCACAAGGAAGAAGAGCUGAGAGCUAGCGGCGAUCCAAAAUUUCAACACCUUAGCGAGGAACUUCACGUGGAGAUAAGUGCUUUCGCCACACCGGCAGAAGCGCACGCCCGCAUUGCAUAUGCUCUAGCCGAAGUUAGGAGAUUUUUAGUGCCGGAUUACAACGAUGACAUCCGACAGGAGCAAAUGUGGGAAAUGCAGGUCCUCUCCAAUCAAAGAAACAACGGGGGCGGCAAAGGCGGCGAAGAGAACGGUGGCGGCAAUUUCAAAACGACUCCGGAAACGGCGACUGGGGAGGACAGGCUGAAGACGCCGACAGAGUCCGGGCUACAGAGCCCGCGGGACGCCGAGCAUCCCGCCCUUCGGGGAAUCCAACCAGAAACGUCGACAAAUUCGAGCGAGACUACUCAACCAUUAUCCGGCGACCAGGUUACACCGUCGAACGGCCUAAAUUCUUCAGGAUCUAUUCUCGGAGGGGGUCGCAAGAGGCCCCUGUUAGCUGGCUGUGCCAAGUCGGCGAUGACGCCCACGAAACGCACCGUGAUGGGGUUGUUGGCGAAGGCAAGGGCCGCUCAAGCGAAAGGCCUUGCCAUUCCAUUUCCGGGAGUCGCUCCAGAAUGCCCGCCAACUUUGAUCCCGCUCCUGAGGGAAGACUUCGUAGCCGGCACUGUUAAUCUCAACCUAAUUUAAGUUCCCAGGAAUUAAUUCUAAUGUAGUACCGAAUGGACGGCAUCUCAAUGCAACGUUGUUUAUUUACAAUACGGGGUGUUCGGAAAAAGGAAAGACAUGCGUUUAUAGGCUGAGGAGAAAUAUUGGGCCCAUUUUGCUUUUUAACGAACUCUUCUCUUUAUGUUUUCUUAUGUUUUUAGUUACGAGAUGAAAUAGAAUUAUAACUUUUAUAUACAGGGUGGUCCGUAAUAAAAACAAUGAUAUUAAGCCAAAACAUUCUCGUUCUCGUUAUUUCUCUAUGGCUCUAGCAGUUUUUGAAAUAUGAGAAAAUGAAAUAUUUAGAAGGCUCUAGCUACACCCUAUAAUAUAGUUAUUUCGUGUCGUAACUUUUAUAUUAGCGCCAUUCUGUUGCUUUUUUCUGAAAAUUGUGAUCGAUUGGUGAUUUCUAAAUAAUAAGGGUAUACUACAUUUAUUUCGAUAAAACACACCGUUUUUUUUUAUUACACUGACCUCCACAAAAAAUCGACAACUAAACUGGUCCUGAUUUCAAAAUUGCUUUCCUGGAAAAUUAUUGGUUUAAUUUUGAUCUUUUUUUAUAUAUUGUGGAGUGAUUCUUCGGAACAUGUCACAAAUUUUUAAUUUGAUUGGGGAAUAUACGAACUACAACAAUGAGCCACCCUGUAUCUCAAUGAGCGACAUUUCACAGACAUAUUUUCAUUAUUCCUAGGCAUGAGUAAUUGUUUAUUCUAUUUAAAGAAAUGUUAAAAUAUCCUUUAUUUAGGUUACUAUCAACGUUGCUUGAAUGGGUCCAUUUCUAAUCCAUAACCUACCCAUUCUUAUUGAACUUUUUGAGCCAACUCGGAAUAAAAUAUUAUAAUGCAGAAAUCUCGAAAACGUCAUAUUUUAUCAAUAUAAAUGUAGUAUGUCUAUUUUAAAUAGAAAUCAUAUGUCAAAAACAGCUCGAGCUACAGAGAAAGAAUAAGAAUAAAAGUAAGCUUUUCUACUCUCAUUAAUGAGCGAUAUUUUACUGAUGCGUAUUGGUUCAAUAUCACUUUUUCACGACUUUAAUCUAGGAUUGUUUGCUGUAUUUAAUAGUACUCCAUUUUCCGGGCAACCCGCGCUACUACAAUUAUAUUUAAGCCAUGGCGAUUUAUAUGCGAUUGCUCAGUUAAAAUUUAAAAAAAUUGAAAUAAUUACUACUUUCCCUUGAAAUGGGGUUUAAACAAAUUUGUGAUCAAGUAUGGAAGCUGCAUAAAGUCUAAAAUGAAAUCUACUUUAAUUCGUAACUAUUUGGGAAAAUAUUAGAAACCCCAUUAAAUAUUUCAUUUGGGAAGUGAAUAGCAAGCACCCUGACACAAUAUAUAGAAGCUGUUUCAUAAUAAAAUGCUGAUCGUUAAGGGUGUAAUUCCUUGAAUAAUUUUAAGAAAACAAAUUUUAUAGAUAUAGUAUCUUUAAAUACACAACCACUAUUUAAGAGAAAAAAACGGUUUUUCCUCAUUUUCAUUGUAACUGGUUUAGAUAUUUUGUUUAAAUUUGCUAAAAAUUUGCUUAAAAAAAAGUGGCGUGCCAUUUUGUGCAAUAUACAUAUUCAGUAUUAUACUUACCACGACGCUAAUGGUGAAAGUAAAAAAAUAAUUUUAACUCAAGAAUAAGUUUAAUAUGUAUGAAUCUACCAAACAAUCAACAAAAUAUCUGAAGCAAUUUCAAAAACUGUUUAUAAAAAAUACAUAAAAAAUAAAGCGAUUGAGCACCUUACAUUGAUAUAAACUUUUUUUGUUUUAAAAUCACACCCUUAAGGACCAACAUCUAAUUUUGAAAUAUCCUGUAUAUAAAAAAUUAUAAUUUUUUAGGCAUGCAAAGUUGUACUGUAUUAAUUACUUGUGACGCCAAAGAAAUUAUGACAUGAAACUCAUGGAGGUUGCCUGUAAUAGGUGACUGGAAAUGAAUACUAAUUCUAUUUAAUAAUUGAGGUGAAAGAAAUGAGUUUUGCGUUUUUUAUUAAGUUUUAAGAAAUUGUUGAUUUUAGUUUUUAUAUUUAUCAGUUAAAACUAAGUUUACAUAUUAAAACCUCAACGAAUAAUCUGAUGAUGGGACAAUCCAGGUUUGGGGAAAUUUUAACAGUGGUGGUGAAUAUCACAAGAAAUAGGUACGAGACGAAUUGUUUCAGAAUACCUAUAUUGGUUCUUAGGUAUAUUAAAAUAUAAUGAGUCCCACAAAAAAAACUUGCAUAAGUUUUGCAUAACAUUAACACGAAAAUCGCUUGAUUGAAUGCACAAACGAUCUACGAAAUAUACAGAGCGAUUCAUAAAGAAUAGAGAAUCUCUAAAAUAGUGAUACUAGACUAACCAUAACUAACCAAACUAUUAUGAUUGAGCUCAACAUGCCCCAUACAAAUGUCACUGAUUUCGGAGAUAUAGGGCGGUCAAAGUUUAAUUUUAUUCUGAUUUUUUUAAUUAAUUAAGAAAGUUUUAUACUACAAUGAUAAAAAUUGGUAGUUUUAGAUUUUAAUUUGAAACUUGAAAAUCUGAAAGCAUGUUCAAUUUUUCGUAGAAAAGGUACCAAACUUUAUAAUAACAAUGUUAAUAAUAGUAACGAAAAAACAUCAAAUCAAAUGUUGGAAUUGUCCAUCAUAUAGCUCAAUACAUUCUAAAAUACAUUUAAACUUAUGAUGUUGCUAUUUUCUUCUAAGUAGAUUUGUCAGCAUUUGUCAAAUUUACAUUUCAUAAAAUUUUGGUUAGUUUGUGUGCAUGUUAAUACUUGUGCAAACGUAGUAGCUUAUAAUAACAAAGGGCGACCUUUUGUCAUAGUGAGAUGCGUGAUAUGGGUUUUGUUUUUGCUCAAGCAAAUUAUAGAAAUGUUUACAACCGUUUAGGAUAAUUUCUCCGAAAAAUCAAUAUCGUCGAUGAAGAAAACGAAAUUUUAAUUCGUGUUCAGAAAAAUCCAGUUGUGAAUACUUUUCGGUUAAGUGAGGCUACGGGAAUAAGUCAAUCGUCCAUUUACAGAAUUUUGAGGAUUUUUUUAAAUACUAUUACCAAAAUUGGUAUUGUUAAAUGUUGGUUUUAUAUUGCGCCCCGUACCAUUUCUAAAAUAUUUCGAAAUGCAAAUAGGCGAAAAACCGACAUUGUUAGAGGGAAUAAACAGAAGUACCUUUUCCAUAAAAAUUGAACUUGCUUUCAGAUUUUCAUCAUGUUUCAAUCAUUACCCAACAAAUAAAAAAAUAGAUUUUUCUAAAUAAUACGCAACUAGCUCCCUAUGGGACCAACGUCCAAAUAAAUUUGAAAUUCUUCCAAUUUUUAUUGUACUACAAAAAUUCAAUUAAGGAGAAAAUUCAGCGACAUGUGUAUAAGGCAUGUUGAGCUAAGUCAUAAUAUUUUGGUGCCUAGUAUCUCCAUUUUAGAGAUUGCUCAUUUUUUAUGAAUCACCCUAUAUUUAACAUAACGAACGAUUAUGUCUAAAUGCUAUAAUUUUAUCCUUAUCGUUGUGAAAAAAAUACAACCUAGAUCUAGCGUUUUGUAUUGGAGCAACAUUUUUUUCGUUCGUUAUGAUUGCAACGCAGAUAUGAAAUUUUAUUGUUAAUUAACAAUGGUACUUAAAAGUCAGCCACAACUUCAUAAAUUAUAAUUGACGGACCAAUGAUAAGUAUAUAUAUAUAAAUGUUAAAUCAAAAUAGAUACUAUUAAAGUAACGUGUAAGUACCUACCUAGCGGAUGCAUUUUUUGAUGGAGUUACAUAGGGUGCAAGACAAAUGUUACAGUACCUUGACAACGAAAUUAUUUUUGAUUGUGUAUAUUUUUAACGUAUAUUAAAAACAACAUAUAGAUAAGUAUGCAUGUGUACUACAACGUGAGGCUUUAUAAAAUUGAUCCUUAUCACGUAGAGCACGAAAUUUAUAGCUAUUAAUAAAUGAUACAACAGAUUUUUAUCCACCGUAAUAAGUAUUAUAGCAUACCUAAUUAAAGAAUGUAAAACUUGGAAGCAGUGGUCGUAAGGGUAAAACGGGGGAUAUUAUUUUUACAGCUUGAAGAAAAAGCCGACGAUAUCCCAAGUCGUUGGGUAUAUAGCGUAGCCCGUCUAUUAUGGGAUGACACACCUUAUCUCACAACCUGUAAAAUAUCUCAAAAAAAGAGACAAAAAUGCUUAUACUUUUGAAGUAUUAUAUUAUUAUACAAUAUGUCUCAGUUGUUUUAAGUUCUGAACAACUUUUCUUAAUAACUUUUUUCUAAUCGAAUAAAUUAAUAUUUUUGAAAAACGUCGUAUACCACUGUAUAAUAUCGAUAUCUGAUCGUUAUAUUUUAGAUUUUAGAACGUUUUUUUUAAGAAUAAGUUUAUUUCGUAAAAUUAAUAUUAAAAUAGUUUCUGAUAAUUUUAAAAAUAAAUAAAUAAACAGAGUUAUCAAAAACAUAAAAAAUUAAAUUAAAAAAUCUUUAGAAGCUCUUUUUUUCAAAUGAAAAGACCCCAUCUUUAUAAUUUUAUCGCAUUUGGCAUUUAAAAAAAAGGUGACUUUGUAUAAGGUUGCCUAUUUGAAAAAGUUGUAAAAUCAGAAAUAUUAGAUGCUGGCGAAACUGGAGGAAGAAACAAUCCAAUACUACAGAAGUUGCUUUAUAUUCAUUUGACGAUUUUUAAUAAAUCUUAAAAAUUUUGCACGAAAAUAACAUAAAGUAAUUUUUUUUAAUUUGUUGGAAUGACGCAAAUUUUAUAAAAAAAAGACAUUUGCUAAAAAAUAUUGAGAUGUACAAAAACUUGCAAGAAAUAGUGUGGUGAAAUGAAUACAAAAAUAAAAUUUUAGUACCCUUAAAGAUUAUAGUCAAUUUAUAGAACCCCAUGUUAUAAAAAAAUGUUUUUUUUUCUGAAUGUUGCUAUCUUUUUAAUUUUUUUUAUUUGCUAUUAGUAUUUUCCUUGUAAUUUUCACAUUAAUAAAUGUGCACUGCUAGAUUGUUUUUUUUUGCCAUGUUUUGAUGUCAUAGCAUUUUUACAAUUGAAAAAUGUUUCAUUGGUAAUAUUCCGAAAUCUACAACCAACCUUAUACAAACGUCACACUUUUUCAAAUGGUAAAUACGAUAAAAUUAUAAAAAUUGCGUGAUUCCAUUUAACUUAACAUUAAAAAGUUGUUAGUUAUCCACGAAAAUCCAAAUACUCCCAAGACCCAAAAUAAACUGGCCAGACUGUACUUUUUAAGCAGAUUUUGACACCAUCAGGGGAUCUACUGACAGUCUACAGCCAGACAGCCAAUUUGAGAACUUGACAACUGCUUUCAAGAAAGUGUUUAAAAAGUCCUUAAUUGUGCAGACUAAAUAAAUGUUAAUUAAUGUUUAGAUUAAUUCAACGUAGGCUAAUUUAGUUGAUAAGAGCAAAGCAAAAGAAUAUUCUCAUUUAAAUAAAUAAAUAAAACUAAAUUAAUCCGCGUAGUUAAACGAAUUGCUUGAGAAGCUCUAACGUCACACCCCAGUUUAAUGUUAAAUCCCCCCACGUUUCACGUUUAAAAUUAAAUUUAAUACUGAUAACAAGUAAACGAUUUGUGUGUAUAACGUCAAUGUGUGCAUUGCUAUAAUAAAAAGU